AUGGGCGUCAUCAAGAAGCAGAUCACCCCCGGCAAUGGUGUCGACAAGCCUAAGGCCGGCGACACCAUCACCAUGGAGUACACUGGCAACCUCCAGGACACCAAGGCUGCUGAUGGCAAGGGCAAGCAGUUCGACUCCUCCGUCGGCCGCGGCGACUUCAAGACCAAGAUCGGUGUUGGCCAGGUCAUCAAGGGUUGGGACGAGGGCGUCCUGAGCACUGAUGGCGGUAUGACCUUGGGUGAGAAGGCCACCCUCACCAUCACCGGCGAUUACGCAUACGGCGACCGUGGUUUCCCUGGCCUCAUUCCCGCGAAUGCCACCCUCAUCUUGUAA